AUGCCUACAGAACUCGAAGAGCUCGUCGGCUUCAUUGCCAAUCCAAACCCACAGAUCAGGCUGCUGGCCACUGAGAAUCUAGUGCCGUAUUCAACUUCGCAGCCCAGCAUCUUCAAGGUUGACAACUCUCAGCCUGUCAAGAACUUGAAGCUCUUGGUCAAAGACCAUCCUAAAAUCGCCGAGCAUGUCAUAACGAUACUUAUCAACCUCUCAGCAGAUCGCGAGGUGCUCGAGUCUCUGGCUACAGAUGACCAGUUUCUCACCACCAUACUGGGCUUCAUCACGAACCCCAAGGAGCCCAACGCAAACUUGUUGUCUAUGCUGCUGGCAAACCUUGCUAAAUUUGACGGCUUCAAAUCCGUUCUGCAAAAGAAGUUGCCAGCGCCCACAGAGCUCGGAUCCAACGAUCUCGUGUUGAACCAACUUCUGGAUCUGUUUGUCAAGGGCGCUGAGGGUACCUACAACAAGGAGGCUGACUUUGAUCACCUGUCGUACCUGUUUGCCGACUUGACAAAACAUGCCGAGAUUCGUCACCACUUUCUUCAGAAGCAAGAGUAUGACGGAGUUAUCCCUCUCAGCAAGUUGAAGGUCUUCACAGAGCACAAGUCAGACGUGCGGCGGAAAGGUGUUGCCUCGACCAUCAAGAACGUUGCCUUUGAGGUGUCGGCCCACCCCAGUUUCAUGGAUGAAGAUGAGCUCAAUCUUUUGCCAUACAUCAUCUUACCAAUCAUUGGAAACGAGGAGUAUGAUCUAGACGAGUCCAUGGCUAUGCUGCCAGAUUUGCAGCUGCUGCCACCGGACAAAGCACGCGACUCGGAUCCAAACAUCAUUCAGACACAUGUGGAGACAUUGAUGUUGUUGUCUUCAACCAGAGAAGGUCGAGACCGUCUCCGAGAGGUCAAGGUCUACCCGAUUAUUCGCGAAACACACUCGAGAGUCAGUGAUGAUGAUGUCAAAGACGCCUGCGAACGGCUGGUCAAUGUUUUGAUGCGUGACGAGGAGGGAGAAGAAAGCGGUCCACGUAUCGAAGAAAUUGCCCAAGAAAACGUGGCAAUUCCUAUCGAAGAUGAUGACGACGACGAUGAGAUUGUCGAAGUCUGA